AUGGCAAAUCAAACGGAACAUGUGUCUAUACAUAUGCCUAAAUAUCAAACUGGUCCAGUUCAUUUUGAGACUCCAAAACAAGGAGUUACAAUAGAUAUUGCUAAUAUUCAAGAUUAUAUUCGUGAGAAAGCAGAAAAGAAUCUUGAAGAAUGUAAAUCUUUUGAAGUAUCGUUGCCACCAUCGAUAACUGGUAUAACGAGUGAAUCAAAUAAAAUUGAAUUUAAAUCAUUAUUUCAAACACCAACAUUAAAUGAACUUGAAAUUGUAUCAACUAAUCCAGAUGGAUCAUCAAUUAAAUUAAAUGAAGAACAACUUAAAGCAGUUAAACAAACAGGAGAAUUUGAAGUUAAUAGUAUUCAUUUUCCUGGUCAACAUCAUCGAUGGAGAUUAAGUAAAUUACUUCAAUCGGGUAUUCUAACAGCAAAUCAUGUGUUUUUUAAAGAAUUAUCAUGGGCAGUUUAUAUGUUAAUAAUAUUUGCUCAAGAUCGUGUUUUUUCGAAUUGUUUCAGUUUUAAAGCAACUUUACGAUCAUGGAAACAAGGUUUUGUUAGUUUAGUUGAUGCUCUUAUUGGAUUACCUGCAGUUUAUUCUUCUAGUAUUGAUUCAGACGUCGAAAAUGAACGAAGCAAAUUCUUAGUUACGGAACUUUCACCACAUAAAAGUGAAAAAGAAAUGCAUGAAGCAUUCUGUGCACAAAUACCAAUUUUAUUAGAAGUAAUGACUGAACAUAAGAAAUAUUUGUAUCGAGAAAAUAAGAAACGUCCACCACCAAUGCUUCCAUAUCCUCAUCAUUUUGUAACACCAAAUAAUAUUGAUAUUGAUCUUCGAUUGCAUAAUCGUGAUCUUCAAGAAAAAAUAAGAUCGAUUGUUAGUAAUCUUCUUACUGAAAAUACACCAAAAAAUUGGUUUAAUACUACAAAAAGACGAUUAAUCAAUCAAUAUAAAGAUAAUCAAGUCGAAUUAGGUUUAACAAAAGAAGAAAUAGCUAAACGUAUUCAAACACAAUUAAAUGUUGAAUAUGCUGAACGAGCAUUUGAAUUAAUUGAAAAUUCUGAUCAAAUUGAAAAAUUAUCACCUGGUCUUGGACGUUUAUUAGUUGCACAAGCUCGUUCUAUAUUAACAAUGAGAUCAGUUGUUCAAAAAUUAACUGAAGAUUUAGAAAAACAUCUUAAAACAGUACGAGAAAAAUUAAUUCGUGAACAUCCAAUAAAAUCCAAAAUAAAUCGUUGGAUAGAACAAAAAUUAUUUGAAGAACGAAUCAAUUAUAUUCAUCAACAUGAAUGGGAUGCACAUCAAUUAUCAAUUGAUCAAUGUAAAGCAUUAGGAAAUCAACAAGCAGCAUAUUUUAUUCAACGAGAUUUAACUUUUCGAAAAGAUCAUGAAUCAAUUCUUCGUCUUAAUCUCAAAUCACCCGUCGAGCCUAUUCGAACAAUUAAUUGUAGUCGAACAAUCUGGUUGCCAAAAAAUUGGAUUGUCGAACGAACAUACCCAUUACCUAUCGGACAAAUUCCAACCCACUUUGCUAAAUAUACAUAUUCACCUGAAGAAGAACAACAACGAACUCGAUUAAUUCAUUCUGAUCCUGAUGCGCAAUAUAUUCUACGACGUAAAGUCACCUAUUCCACAACAACGAGAUAUCCAUUUUGGAGAUGGAAAUUAUUUGCACUUCGAACAUAUUGUUGGCUUUCAAAUACUAUUUUUAUAUUAUGUCUUGCUGUUCCAUUUAGUAGUCCAGUUAGUUUUCGUGCUCUAUUUUCUAUAAAACCAUUUCAACCUGAUUAUGAAUUACAUCGAAAUGAUUUAAAACUUCAUCCACAUUCAAAAUCAAAAACACAAACAUUUAUUUCGCGUUUAGUUGCUUUAUGGGAUCAUGUAAGACAAUCAAGAAAAAAAUUUGAACAACAACCUGAUCGAGGAUUCUUGGGCAAGAACAUUCAAAGAAUAUUCAAUCGAUUGUGGAAUUAUGUAGCAAAAGGUUUUGUUGGCACAAUAGCUAUUUGUGCUUAUUAUCCUGCUGCUUGUUUUAUUGUUCCAACUGCUUCAUUUAUAUUAGGUGUUUUAUCACCUAUUUGGAUGCCAAUCGUUACAUUAUUAUGUCAUAUACUUCAAAUUCUUUUUUAUGAUGCAAAUUCAGCUGGUGAAUAUGGUCGAAAACUCUUUUGUCUUAUUAAUAUUGUGAUAACUGAUUUUCUUUGUUGUGGUAUUAUACAACCAAUAUUAGUAUUAAUUGCAUUAAUUGCUAGUCCAAUCGCUUCUCUUUUACUUGUCAUUUAUGCUCUUUUACACCGGUGUACACGUGGAAUGUAUGAUACAGUCAUUUAUCAAUUAGUUGUCAAACGUUUUGCUCGAAUUCCUGCACAUGAUAGUUUUCAUGCACGACGUAUUGCUGGUCCAGGUUUAGCAUCCGAAUAUUUCUAUCAAGUAUCAUCACCGGAAGUAUUAGCAGCAUUAGAAUCUUUAAUCGAACAAAAAGAAUUACAAGUUUAUCGUACAUAUGUUGAACAAAUCUUAAUGAAACCAGUUGAUGAAUAUCGACGAUUUUUUAAUGCAGCAUUCGAACCAUUUUCAGCAAUAGUUCAAAUGACAAGUAGUCAGUCAGUUUAUGGUCGAAUGAAUGAUGUUGUUAAUGAACAUAUUAGAAAUUUAAGAACAACAAUUGAAAAACGUGAUAAUUUACUUCGAGUACAACGUGGUGCUAAACAUGAUCGUAUUCGAUUAACAGAAACGGAUUUAACCGCCGUACUUAUCGAAGGUACACAAUUAGUGGAAAAAUGGUAUCCAAAACGAAUAUUGUCAUAUUUAAAUAAAGAGGAAACCGAUAAAUUUUGGAAUGAUCUUGAUUUGGAACCAAAUGAUUGGUUCGGGUUAACAAGUAAAUUACUUCAAGAUUUAUUUUGUCGUGAUUUCUUAACGCCACUUGAACAAACUGAUGUUUUUUACAGUCUAAAAGUUGAUCAUAUAACUUUAUCAAAAUAUGCACAUAUGAUCGACUCAGCUAAUUUACACGACGAUCUUGAUGUUGUGACUAGUGUUUAUUUACCUGAGACAUCAUUUACAAUUAGUCAGCCAUCAUUUGAUCAACAAAUUCUUAAUCCAAAUGAAGCUAUACUGAACUUAUCAACAAAUUAUUCUGAAAAACGUCGUAUAAAAUUUCAUGGCCGUAUUUAUCGAUUUUUUAAUCAUCAAGGAAAUUAUUCAAAACAUGCAAAUAAUUUAUCAAAAUAUGUUGAUUAUACAUCAAUAACAUGUCGUUUUUCUAUACCUAUUCAAAUACCUGAUGUUAUUUGUAUUAAUAUAAUUAUAUUUAAUCGUGAUAAUAAUAAUUCAAUAACAGCUACAUCAAUGAAAAAUGUUCCUCUUCAACAAAUUGUUGAACUGAUUGAUUUUAAUAAACAAUUUUAUGAUAAACUUAUAUUACCAACAUAUUCAACAAUUAUUCCAUCACCUUCAAUAUAUAAUAAUAUAAUAAAUGAUGAUGUAGUAAUAAUUAAUAAUGCUGAGGAUGAAUCCUAA